GCGGGGGGGUUGCGUUGGAACUCUGCGAUUCGUUUCCGAAACUCAUUUAGCGAGCGCGGAACACCUCUCCAACUUUCAUUUCACCUAAAAUCCUAUUCAUGAAACCCUAGAAUCUCUCCCAUUCGUCUUACUCCGCAUUUUCCCCUCAUCUCCAUAAUCAUUCUCUCAUUCUUUAUUUUUUCUUAUAUUUUUUCUGUUGCCACUCAGAAUGUCGGCAGACCUCGUUCUGAAACCGUCUUGCGGCGGUUGUGGAUCGACGACUGACCUUUACGGAAGCAACUGCAAGCACAUGACUCUCUGCUUGAACUGCGGCAAGGCCAUGGCACAGAAACGCGCUAAGUGCCACGAUUGUGGCGCCACCCUCACUCGCUUGAUUCGAGAAUAUAAUGUUCGUUCGAGUUCUAGCAGUGACAAAAACUACUUUAUUGGGAGAUUCAUGUCUGGGUUGCCAGAUUUUUCGAAGAAGAAAAGCGCCGAGAACAAGUGGUCUUUGCAGAAAGAUGGGCUCCAGAACCGCCAAAUUACUGAUUCGUUGAGGGAAAAGUACAAGAACAAGCCUUGGCUCCUUGAGGAUGAAACUGGUCAAUCCCAGUACCAGGGUCAUCUAGAGGGUGCACAAUCAUCUUCAUAUUACCUGCUUAUGAUGGAAAAGAAGGAGUUUUCCGCCAUCCCCUCUGGUUCUUGGUACAACUUUAAUAAGGUUGCACAGUACAAGCAAUUGACUUUGGAGGAAGCAGAAGAGAAGAUAAGGAAUAGAAAGAAAACUGCAGAUGGAUAUCAAAGAUGGAUGAUGAAAGCAGCAAAUAAUGGGGCUGCUGCAUUCGGGGAACAUGGGAAGUUAGAUGACAAGGAAAGCAACACAGGCGGUGGUGGAGGAAGAAGCCGGAAAAAAACUAGCGAGGAUGAUGAAGGUCAGGCCUCAGAUAAAGGGGAGGAGGACGAAGAUGAGGAAGCAGAAAGAAAGAAUAGACUUGGACUUAAUAAAAGAGAUGGUGAUGAUGAUGAUGAUGAAGGUCUAAGGGGUGGAGACCUUGAUCUAGAUGAUGAUGAUAUUGAGAAGGGUGAUGAUUGGGAGCAUGAAGAGAUUUUCACUGAUGAUGAUGAAGCUGUAGGCAAUGAUCCCGAGGAAAGGGAAGAUUUGGCUCCAGAAGUUCCUGCUCCUCCUGAAAUCAAGCAGGAUGAAGAGGAAGAAGACGAAGAUAAUGAAGAGGGGAAAGGUCUGAGUAAAUCUGGGAAAGAGCUGAAGGAGUUGCUAGGGCGAGCAAGUGGUAUGAAUGAAUCCGAUGCGGAGGAAGAUGAUGAUGAUGAUGACGACGAUGAUAUGGAUGAUGAGGUCAACAUUCCUCCUGUGACUGCUACAAAGCAGAAGGAUGCACCUAAACCUAAGGAAGAACCUGUUGACAACAGCCCUUCAAAACCAGCAGCAGCAGGGGCAACUCGGGGAGCACCUUCUACUUCGAAGUCUUCAAAGGCAAAGAGGAAAACAACCGAGGAACCAAAACCAUCGAAUGCUGCAACACCAAAGAAGGUUAAGUCUGAAAAUGAGCAAAAGUCAUCCGGUAAAGAUGUACAUGGGACUGCUUCUAAAAGUAAUGCAUCUGCAAAAGGUUCGGCCCCACCACCGCCAUCAUCAUCAUCGUCAAAAGCUGGGACUUCCACUGCAGCUUCUGGACCUGUGAGUGAAGAAGAAAUCAGAGCUGUGUUAAAGCAAAAGACUCCAGUGACCACACAGGAUCUUGUGGCUAAAUUUAAGGCAAGACUAAAAUGUAAAGAGGAUAAGGAUGCAUUUGCGGAGAUCCUGAAAAGAAUAUCUAAAAUACAGAGAACUCCAACUUCAAAUAGAGCCAGUUAUGUUAUCCUGAGAGAUAAGUGAAAAUUCAACUGCCCGAAUGUGGUUGAUGAUGUAGCAUUCAAACGGAAAAAAUGGAUCCAGUUCUGUUGUCCUGAGAGAUGGCUGUAAAUGUUUUAUCCCAAUAAUUGGCUGCGACUGAUGAUGCAGCUUCAUAUAGAAAACAAAAGAACAGUUGAUACUUAAUAUGCCUUGUAUAUUCUUCACUUUUUGGACAUCAUUAUGACUGGUUUUCUAUCAAUUAAGUUUUUUCUAAUC